UUAUUCUUUUUGGCAAAAUUCUAAUUUCCCACCCGUUCUCUUACUAAAGAAUUUCACGUUGCAAAGUCACAAAACAAAUGCCUGACCCUAGUCCCAGAUGCUAUCAGCUCUCUCCUCCUCUCUGUUCUCUCUCACCCUUCUUCUCUUAAUCCUUGCUCAAACUAAUCCAAUCAUUCAAGCACGGGAAGGGCGAGUCCAUCACCAAGGUCGCCUACUUGGAUUCGGCCGGAAUGGACAUACCCUUGCCACGACAUUCAGUUCCUCGAUUUCUAGGGUUUCUCUAGCUUCGAAUAUUACCCUUUUUUGGUUAUCAGUAGCAGAGAUUGCUUUUUAUAGCAAUCAUGAGUUUGAGCAAUGGAAUGAGAACCUGUGCCAAGGUCUUGAUGUGUUCAGAAGCACCGUUAUCAAAAAUCAGAUUGUAGAAUCCAUGGGAUGUAAUCAAUUAUCUGGAAAUGCAGGUAUUCAUUUGGAUUCCUUGUCAAUAUUCAAGAUUUCAGGACUUCGCGAAAAAUAUUAUCAUAACACAGGUCACCUAUCUAGUGGAGGAGGUACUUUUGUUGAUAGAGCUGUCAUUGCAGCAGCAAGAGCAUUGCCUAUUUGGUCAGAUGGGGGAUGUGCCUCCAAUUCAAGCAUGGAAAGACGAGCGAUAAAGGAAUUACAGGAAGAAUGCCGACAGAUGCUUGCAGCGUUUCCUACCAACUUUAAGGAAGACCAAAAUAUCCUAGGCUCUUUGUUGAAUAUAGGGACUGGAAAAAUGUCAUGACAAAGUUAUUUACUCGUGUAUUUGCUUCACUUCCAGAUGAUCCAAAACUUGAUGUUGUUGGUUAUGUUUUCUUAUUUGCCUGGGCUCUCUGUUAAAUAUAGGGACUGAAAAAAUGUCAUGACAAAGUUAUCUGUGUGGGGUUAGAAUUGAACUUGCCUGAUGGUCAUUUUUAUUUUUAGCAUGUUGGCUGCUUUACCUUUUGCCUAUGUGGGAUCAGACUUAGAUUGAUGUCCAAAUUUCAGAUCUUGGGAUAAUCCAGUACUUAAUCAUUUCCAAUCUGACAAUAAUUAGAUGUUUUUCUUAUUACAAACUCUGAGUUUGAAAUUUUUCAUGUUGUUGACAA